UAAAGCCAGAUGAAAGAAAAAUGGAAAUAGUAAGUACUUCAAUGACUCCCGGGAUGAAAAGCAAAACAGUUACUCUAUAUCCAAAAAAAAAUGUCUACCGACAAGAUUUAAGGCAAUCAAAUUUAUAUUUUUGGCAAUAACACAAGUUUGGUAAUGUAGUAAUGUCCAUUCGUGCAUUUAGACAACAUGUUUGAAACUGUACAAACAAUCAGAAAAUCUCCAUUGAAGUCAUAAUAGUUCUUCUUUUUUUUUUUGUUUUGUAAGAGAAAAUUCCCAUUCAAGUCAUAGUAGUUCUUGCACUAUCUUUUUUCCUUCCUCAUGCCAUAAUAGCCAAUAGGGUGGUGCAUUACAUCAUAGGAUUUAGGAAAAACACCUUUGACCCUCCAAAGCUGCAGGAGUGUCAGACUCACAUUGGUCACAAGUUGGUAUUUUCACAAUCUUUCUCUUUCUUUCCUCAGAUCUGGGAAUAGUCUUUCCUCUUUCUUGUUCAUAUGACACCAUCAUAUGAAACAAGGAGAAAAUUUAACAAAACCCCAGAAGAAAAAAAACAUUAUUUUGUUUGAUUAGUUUAUAGAGAGGGAUUCUUUUUUGGGGGGGUAUACAGGAGAGACUAAAAGAGUGUACAAUCUUUCAAAAGCGACACCGCUUCGGUCUGCUUAUAGAGAGGGAUUUAGACAUAUAGAAAUUUACAUAUAGGGGAGAGAAGAAGAGGAGAUGGCUAUCCAAGAAAAUGGGAAUGGGGGUGUUAUGAAGUAUAGGAGGAUGGAUUCUGAUGGAAUGGAAGAGGAUGCUGGUGUGUUAUGUGAAGAGAAAAGAAAUGAGAGCAGCAGAAAAUAUGUUUUGGUUUGUGCUAUCUUUGCCUCACUUAAUUCUGUGCUUCUUGGAUAUGAUGUUGGUGUUAUGAGUGGAGCUAUUAUCUUCAUUCAGCAAGACUUGAAAAUUACUGAAGUACAAGAAGAAGUCCUCGUUGGAAUCUUGAGCAUAGUUUCACUCUUGGGGAGUUUAGCAGGAGGAAAAAUGUCAGAUGCCAUCGGCAGGAAGUGGACCAUGGCUUUUGCAGCCAUUCUGUUUCAAUCUGGGGCUCUUAUAAUGUCCCUUGCUCCUGACUUCAAAGUGUUAAUGAUAGGCAGGUUUUUGGCUGGAAUUGGUAUCGGUUUCGGCAUCAUGAUUGCACCUGUUUAUAUCGCUGAGAUAUCACCCGCGGUUGCUAGAGGGUCUUUCACUUCAUUCCCUGAGAUAUUCAUCAAUCUUGGAAUUCUUUUAGGUUAUGUUUCGAAUUAUGUUUUCUCUGGUUUAUCCCCCCAUAUAAAUUGGAGAAUCAUGCUUGGUGUGGGGAUUCUCCCUUCGGUUUUUAUUGGUAUCGCGCUAUUUGUCAUUCCAGAAUCUCCUAGGUGGUUGGUUAUGAAAAAUAGGAUAGAUGAGGCAAGGUUAGUGCUACUAAAAACUAAUGAAGAUGCAAAUGAAGUGGAAGAGAGGCUAGCAGAAAUUCAGCAAGCAGCAGGGCAUGUUAAUGCCGAGAAGUAUGAAGAGAAAGCAGUGUGGCGUGAACUGUUAAAUCCUUCACCUGGAGUUCGAAGAAUGCUGAUAACAGGUUGUGGUAUUCAGUGCUUUCAACAGGUCACAGGUAUAGAUGCAACUGUGUAUUAUAGUCCAACAAUUUUUAAGGAUGCUGGAAUUAAGGGUAACACUCAACUCCUGGCUGCAACUGUUGCUGUUGGUUUCACAAAAACAAUAUUCAUUUUGAUAGCCAUAAUUCUUAUUGACAAAGUUGGUAGGAAACCUUUAUUAUAUGUCAGCACAAUUGGCAUGACUACUUGUCUGUUUUGCCUUGGCUUUACACUUUCAUUAAUGGGGAAUGGUUCAGUUGGUAUCAAGUUGGCAAUUUUAUGUGUAUGUGGAAAUGUAGCAUUCUUUUCCAUGGGGAUUGGACCAAUUUGUUGGGUCUUGACAUCUGAAAUCUUCCCUCUAAGACUUCGAGCCCAAGCAUCAGCUCUUGGUGCAGUAGGGAGCAGGGUUAGUAGCGGUGUGGUUGCAAUGUCUUUCCUCUCCAUUUCUCGUAUGAUUACAGUAGGAGGAACAUUUUUUGUGUUCGCUGCUAUAUCAGCUCUCUCUGUUGCUUUUGUUCAUAACUGUGUUCCAGAAACAAAGGGGAAAUCGUUGGAAGAAAUAGAAAUGCUGUUCCAGAAUGAUAGGCCACCACAACAUGGUGGUGAAUUGGAGCUUGAAGAUGUCAAAAAUCUAAUGCAGACUCAACGAAAGGGGCAUAUCAUAUCAUAGUUUUAGUAGCAGACAGAAGAAAGUUGGCAUUUGCUCGAGACACUUAUUUGAUUUGCAAGCUUCUCAAUAUUUGUGAAAUUGCGUAGAGUUAGAUGCAUCAUGCAGUGAGAUAAAUAUAUAAACAAAAAAAAAACUCAAUAUUCAUUCGUCGUCAAGAAUGAGGCUUUCUUGUAUCCUGAUGACAUUGAAAUGUGAUAUCUAGAAACUCAGAAUACAUAGAUUUUCUUCUUCA